UCUAAAACGUACGUUUAAUUCCGCAAAAAUUAGAGCCUUAAAGUUUAACUUCGUUUGACUCAACAAAAAGAAAAAGGAACAAUUAAGUCACAGCGCUCAUGCAUCAUCACUACUAAAGUGUGUCUCGAAAAAUGGCCCAAAGACAUAGCUUUUCAAAGGCGUGCAUCAAUUAUGGCUAUCAGAUUUGUGGAUGGUGUUCCCAUCGAGAAAAAAUCUCAAUUCGUGGACAAAUUAAGAGAGGAAAAAUCACUGCUGAGCAAGCAGGUAAACUCAACACUUAUGUAAAAGUGAUUUUACAGAAUACGAGUCUACAGACAGACCUAGUCAAGGGUUCCACUCCCAACUGGGGACAAGAGUUUGUUUUUGAGACAAGCAAGCUUGAUCAAAGUCUUUUCUUAGAGCUAUGGAGCAAAGGUUUCUUCUCAGAUACUCUGCUUGGACUUGCUGAAAUUCCACUGAUGCAAAUACAUCAUUCAAAUGAGGAAGGAAGAGGAACCUGGAUAUCACUUAUACAAGAAACCAGCAAUGGACCAAAACCAACUGAACACAAACUAUUCAUUGACACCAGAUUUGAACUUCCUUCUGGUCUCUCUGAAGAAGAUGCCAGACUCCUUCAAGAGAAGCUUGACAUGUUUUAUACCAUCAUGGAUCAAGAGCUACAAGUACUACAAGUGCAGGCACAAAAAGAAAAGGUUAAAAAGGAAGUUGAAUCAGUAACUAGUGAUGCAGAAGGAGAACAAGAAGUAGAAGGAGGAGGAGAAGAAGAAGAAGGAGAAGAUGCAGUGGAUAAUUCCAGCAUUGUAUCAGAGGAUUAUUCAGCUUUCUUAGUCAAUGAAAAUAACCUAUUCCAAGUUCCAAAUGGAACUAACAUGAGUGAUAGUGAAGUGGAUCAGAAGAAUGGAGCGAGAAGAAAAAUGAGUCCAAGCAGAAGAAACAGGGAUUUCCGAAUUUAUUCUCCAAAUCCUGAACCAGUAGACAGCGAAGUAGAUGGUGAAGCAGCUCAUGAUGAACACAGACAUCAUGAGAACAUGAGUGAGGACGAAACCUACCAAAUGCCUGAAAGUCAGCAAAACGAAAUUGUAAGGAAAGAAACAGUUUGCGAAGAACAAGACGCGAUUGAGCAGGCGGAGUGGGAGAUGGUAGAGACUGCAGAUGUUGCUGGCUACGAUGAGAGCACGGAACAACACGGGUUACCGGCUCCAAGUAGACUAACCAGGAAACACGCCAUCAAGAAAUCUCCCAGUGUUUCGCGAAAGGCAUCAUGGAAUGAAAGAAAUGCGGAAUUGUUACGGAACGUCGACUCGGGAUUAAAGAUUAACAGUCGGAAAAAGUCCAUACCAUUCCAUCAUCAACGAUUGGUUGCAAAACGAAGCUUUCCUGCCCAGCUAAACCUUGCUCAGAGAGCCAACUUGGACGAUGAAGAAUUGAAACAACACGUCUACAAGAAAGCAUUACAAGCAUUAAUAUAUCCAAUCUCAGAUACAACGCCACAUAAUUUUGAAGUUUGGUCGACACAAGUGCCUGCAUACUGCUAUGAGUGUGAAGGGCUUCUGUGGGGACUGGCGAGGCAGGGAUGCAAAUGUAAAGAAUGUGGCGUCAAGUGCCAUGAGAAGUGUAAGGAUUUAUUGAACGCUGACUGUCUUCAACGCGCGGCUGAGAAGUCAGUAAAACAUGGAACAAGAGACAAGACAGAGACCAUCAUCGUGGCAAUGCAGAGAAGGAUGGAAGACAGAGAGCGAAUGGCGCCAGAUAUAUUUGAACUCAUCAGGGAAGUUUUCCAUGUGAACCCCAAGACUCACGCUGGACACUUGAAGGCCGUCAAGAAGCAGAUAUCCAUGGGCACUUCAAAAUGGUCGGCUAAGAUCGCUAUCACAGUGGCCAGUGCCCAAGGUCUUAUUGCUAAGGACAAAACAGGUACAAGUGACCCGUAUGUGACUGUACAAGUUGGCAAAACCAAGAAAAGAACGAGUACAAUACCACAUGAGUUGAACCCAGAAUGGAACGAAACUUUCUACUUCGAGUGCCAUAACUCGUCCGACCGCAUUAAAGUUCGAGUGUGGGAUGAAGAUGACGAUAUCAAAUCUAGAGUAAGACAAAGAUUGAUCAGAGAACCUGACGACUUUCUGGGACAGACGAUCAUUGAAGUACGGACACUGAGUGGAGAGAUGGAUGUCUGGUAUAACCUAGAAAAAAGAACAGACCGUUCGGCCGUGUCAGGUGCCAUUCGACUCAAGAUCAGUAUCGAGAUAGAAGGAGAAGAGAAGGUCGUCCCUUACCACACCCAGUACACAUGUUUACACGAAAACAUCUUCCACUACCUUUGCCAGAAGCACGAUGGACAGUUCCCCAUACCUAACGCAUCUGGGAGAGAAGAGCCGUGGAAGAUUUUCUUUCCUCAUCCAUCUCUCGAGAUAGUCAACGAGUUCGCGAUGAGAUAUGGAAUAGAGAGCAUAUACCAAGCGAUGACGCAUUUUUCGUGCUUGACGUCAUGCUACAUGCAUCCAGGAAUCCCAGCUGUUAUCAGUAGUCUAUUGGCCAAUAUCAACGCGUUUUUCUCACACACCACGGCCAACUCUGCUACUUCAGCUACUCAUCGAUUUGCAGCCACCAACUUUGGAAGCGACAAGUUUGUAAAGAUAAUCGAUCAUCUUCACAAUACUUUGAGGAUCGACAUGGCGAAUUAUCGAACAAACUUCCCCUCUUCAAGUCAAGAGAAGCUAACAGAUCUGAAGUCAUCAGUUGAUCUUCUAACGAGUAUAACAUUCUUCAGAAUGAAGGUUUUAGGACAACGACCAACCAGAACAGCUGAAAUCGUUGCUGAAUGUGUCAAGAACUGCAUGAAAGCCACGUACGCUUUCCUCUUCGCUAACUGUGUCGACCUCUACGACCGUGAGCUCUCCUCCGAUCGCACAGCGCUAGAUUCACACGAGUUCCAAUCUGGACCAAAAAACCUGGACUUCUGGCCAAAGCUUAUUUCACUCAUUGUAUCUGUCAUCGAAGAAGAUCGAGGAAUUUACACACAAAUCUUGAACCAAUUUCCCACCGAGUUGAAUGUUGGCGAGGACAGUGCGCAGAUGUUUUGGAACCUUUUCACGCGGGAUUUGCAAGAAAUGCUACAAGACCACAGCCUUCACCAGGAAUGGACGAGUGCAGAUUACAUGAAUCUCCAAUUCAAAGUCAAGUGGUUCUAUAAUGAAUACGUCAUGACUACACCGGACAACAGGGGUAAAAUACCCGAGUAUACCAGCUGGUUUGAAGCAUUUGUUUCGCAAUGGCUGACAGAAAACGAUGAAGUAUCAAUGGACUUCAUGAUAGCUGCUCUCGAACGAGACAGAAAAGACGGGUUUCUUCCCAGCACCCAACAUUCUCUGUUCUCUAACUCUGUGGUCGACAUCUUUUCCUGCUUAAAUCAGAAUUAUGAGAUCAUCAAGAAACUCGAGUGUCCAGACCCUAACAUCAGUAAUCGUUACGUCAUCAAAUUCACCAUGACUGUUCAAAAAGUUCUCAUCGAAUACGCCGAAAAUAUCAAGUCAGAGUUCGGACGUUGGUGCGAUCUGGCCAAGACGGCCUGUAUCCUGAUGAACAACAUUCAACAAACAAGAAUCAUGCUAGAAAAACUAUACGAAGCCAUGGGCGGCGAGAGAAUCUCCCCAGAGUGCAGUGAAGUGUUCAAGGAGCUACAGGUUCAACUAAACCACAACCUUGAUGAGCUGUGCGUCAUCUUCGUGGGCAGCUUGGAAAAUAAUGUAAAGGAAAGCAUUCGAAAUGUUGGUAGUAUUCUGUUAAAGAUUAAAAAUAUUGGUCAGUUCAACAUAGCACUGCCCAGCUGCCGUGCACAAGUCGAGCAAGAAUCAGCGAUGGUUCUACAACCACUAAUGGACGUACUGGAAGGAAGCUUAUCGCUUUGGAAUCAGGCUUGUGACAAAGCUGUGCUUAAAAGACUGAUGAAGGAACUUUGGAAAUGCGUGAUGUUAAACUUUGAAACGAUUGUCGUUCUACCGCCACUGGACAACAAGGAUAUCUCCAGCAUUUCAAGCGUGGAUUCAAGGAAUCUAAGCAUUCGACAAUGCGCAGUUCUUGAAGCUGCGCUGAAUACUAUCAAGGACUAUUUCUAUGGAGGAGGUAGUGGUCUAAGGAAGGCCUUUUUGGAAAGAUGCCAGAGAUUGCAAGCUUUACGUAAUGCUCUCUCACUCUACACUCAAACCACGGACUCACUUAUAAAGGAGUUUGUUACUACACAAAUCUCACAAGAGCGACCAGGAAUUGACGACCCAGUCGGUGAGGUAUCAGUACAGGUGGACUUAUUCACCCACCCUGGGUCAGGAGAACACAAAGUUACUGUCAAAGUUGUUGCCGCUAAAGACCUUAGAUGGCAGUCUACUGGUAUGUUCCGUCCCUUCGUAGACGUACAUGUAGUUGGACCUCACUUGGCAAGCAAAACUCGUCACCUAGCAACAAAGUCCAAGCGUAACAACUGGUCACCAACAUACAAUGAAACAUUUUUCUUUAUCCUUGGCAACGAAGUAGACCUAGUUUUCUAUGAACUUCAAAUCACCGUCAAAGACUACUGUUUUGCUCGCAUGGAUGCCAUCGUUGGAAUGACUGUUCUCCAUCUACGGGACUUAGCUGACUUAGGCUCUUGUGCUUGUACUUCAAAUCUGGGACGAUCUUUGUACUUGGAUUCCACUGGGUGGACCAUUUUGAAGAUCCUAUCUCAGAGAACUAAUGAUGAGGUGGCAAGAGAGUUUGUGAAUCUGAAGUCUGGAAGACGGGCAGAGGGUUUUGACUGACCAUUUUCUGCUGCUUCUUGGAAAACGUUUUUAGAAUAGAGACUCAGUUUCUCCAAUAGACUUCAAGAAUAGAAAAUGUUCCAGCAUUUCAUGGAAAAUGUCUUUAUGAUUUAUUGAUGUGCCGGCCUGUCACUUUAGACCAGCUCAGAGGUUGCUUCAAGGAUUGAUCAAAUUUGAAGGUUUGAUGAUAUUUUUGCACUCAUGUUUAUAAAAAAAAGGGGUUUAUUUGAAUGAGGUGAAAUAAUUGCCACUGAUAGACAUUUGAUUCAACUUUCUAAAGUUUCCGAGAAAGACUAGUAAGGACAAGUCUCCCCCACAGCCGCUUUCAGUGUCGCCAC